AUGUAUUACAAUUAUGCUCCAAAUAUAAUUACUCAACGCAUUCUACAAUUAUCCGGGAAAAAUUUGUUGACUCGAAAUAAUUUUGUUCUAAACAAUAUUAGUAAAAAGGUUCAGCUUAUUUUACCACGUACUUUUGCUACUUCUAUAGAGAGCAAUACGGAAAUUCCAGCAAAGAAACACGCUCCAACAAAAGAAGUUAAUUUUACGCUUACUCAAGAUGAUAUCAAAUUUUUUACUUCAAUUUUACCCGCAAAUGGAUUAAUUAUUGAUAAUGAAGAUGAUUUGAUGCCUUAUAAUAUUGAUUGGAUGAGAAAAUAUAGAGGAAAAUCACGUUUAGUGGUAAAACCUAAAGAUACACAGCAAGUUUCUCAGAUACUUAAAUAUUGUAAUGACAAUAAAUUGGCUGUAGUGCCGCAAGGUGGUAACACGGGACUUGUUGGUGGCGGAGUGCCAGUGUUUGAUGAAAUUAUUAUUAACACUAAUAAUUUGAAUCAGAUCAGAAGUUUUGAUCCAAUUUCAGGUGUUCUUACUUGUGAUGCCGGAUGCAUUCUGGAGGUUCUUGAUAGAUAUUUGGCUGAGCGAUGUUAUAUGAUGCCAUUAGAUUUAGGUGCAAAGGGCAGUUGUCAUAUUGGUGGAAAUGUGGCAACGAAUGCUGGUGGAUUAAGAUUACUUAGAUAUGGAUCGCUUCAUGGCUCUAUUUUAGGGCUGGAAGCGAUAUUGCCGGAUGGAACUAUUUUGGAUAACUUAUCUACACUUCGUAAAGACAACACAGGAACACUUGGAAUCAUUACAGGUGUUUCCAUAUCUACUCCACGAAGGCCAAGAGCUGUAAAUGUUGCCGUUCUCGGAAUUAAUUCAUUUCAAAAUGUACAAAAAGCAUUUAUGACAUCAAAAGAUGAAUUAUCUGAAAUCCUUUCAGCAUUUGAAUUUUGGGAUAUGAAUGCCUUGAACUUGUUGAAAACACAUAAUAUCCAAGGGACAAAAUUUCCAUUGGAAGAUCAUUAUCCGUUUUAUGUAUUAGUUGAAAUAAGUGGAUCAAAUAAAUCCCAUGAUGAUGAAAAAUUACACAAUUUCCUAGAAAAUCUUUUAACGAAUGAAAUAGUUACGAAUGGAGUUGUAGCACAAGACGAUACACAAAUAGCGCGUUUUUGGUCAUUACGUGAAGGUAUUCCGGAAGCGUGUAGUAAAGCUGGAGCUGUUUAUAAAUAUGACAUAAGUGUGCCGGUACCUGUACUUUAUCAAAUGGUCAAAGAUGUUAGAAUUAGAUUGCAAUCUGCUGGAGUGCUUGGUGAAGAUAAGUUGGUUAGCGAUGUAAUAGGUUAUGGACAUAUUGGUGAUGGAAAUUUACAUUUGAAUAUAGUAGCCAAUACUUAUGAUCCUAAAGUUACUAAUUUAAUCGAGCCUUAUGUAUAUGAAUGGACAGAACAACAUAAUGGAUCCAUAUCAGCAGAACAUGGACUUGGGUUUAUGAAAGCAGAAUAUUUAGGAUAUACAAAAUCGCCUUCCAUGAUUUCUUUGAUGAAACAAAUUAAGCAAAGUAUUGAUCCCAAUGGAAUUAUGAACCCUUAUAAAUUCUUACCAACACGAUAA